GCUCAAAGAAGCCCGGUCGCGGGAGGGAUCGCGCGCGCUGCGGCUGUUUGCGUGGCAGCCGCCAGGGGACGCCACAGCCGGCGGCGUCACUCGUAUCGUUCCAUAAAAAUUACCCUUUCCGCGAAACCCGCCUGGCGGGAACGAAGACCUCGUCCGGCGGGCGCGGGAGGGCUGCUCACUUUUAAAUUCGUCGUGUAACCUGGAUCGCGAGCCUCGCCGCUGCCAGCCGCGCCGCUGCCUCCGCUGGAGCACGCCGUGGGGAUCAGACACCGCCAUGUGGAACUACGUCUUCCUCUGUCUUCUCUUCCUCGUCCGGAUCAUCGGAGGCUUGGACCGCGAGGAGUACGAAUUCGGCUUUGGCAUCGCAGACAUCACCGGUCCGGCGGCUGAAAUUGGCAUGUUGGGCUACGCCAAAACUGGACAGUCUUCAGCCGGCAUCCACUUCCGUGUGUACAGCAGGGCGUUCAUCAUAAAACAUGGCGAGUCCAGGGUAGUCAUCGUGAACGUCGACUCCGGCAUGAUUGGCGACAUCGUCAAAAUGGAGGUGGUGAAGCGUCUGCAGGACAAGUACGGCUCGUCGCUCUAUAGCGAGGAGAACAUUCUGCUGACGGCCACGCACACGCACGCGUCGGUGGGCGGCUUCAUGCAGUACCUGCUCUAUAACAUCCACACCCAGGGCUUCAUCCGCCAGGUGGCUGACGUACAAAUCGACGGCAUAUGCAGGAGUAUCGACCAAGCACACGAGAGCCUUCGGAGGGGCUACAUCUACUGGAGCGAAGGCGAGCUCCUGCACGCCAACAUCAACCGCAGUCCUCACGCCUACGACGCAAACCCACCCGAGGAGAGGGCCAAGUACAAGAACAACACGGACACGAAGAUGCUGCUUCUCAAGUUCACAGAUCUCCAGAACAACCCAGUAGCGAUGAUAAAUUGGUUCGCCGUUCACCCUACCAGCAUGAACAACAGUAACCUACUUAUCAGCGGUGACAACAAGGGAUACGCUGAGCUCAUGUUCGAAUACACGAUGAACAAGAAUCUUCCCGGAAAGGGUCCGUUCAUCGCUGCAUUUGCCCAAUCCAACGAGGGCGACGUGUCCCCGAACCUGAAAGGGCCACGUUGCAUCGACACGGGCCUGCCCUGCGAUUUCGAGAAAUCUACUUGCAACGGCCGGACUGAGAAAUGCAUCGCUUUUGGUCCCGGUAAAGACAUGUUUGAAAGCACAAAGAUUCUGGGUGAACGGCAGCUCCAAAAGGCAUUGGACCUGUUCCACUCGGCCUCACGAAAGCUCUCCGGCACGGUUGGAUUCGCGUACCAGAGGGCGAACAUGGGGAAGUACGAAGUCGGCGACAACGAAGCGGAUCCGAUCACAACAUGUACUGCAGCGUUGGGCUACAGCUUUGCAGCAGGAACGACUGACGGACCGGGCCAGUUUGACUUCACGCAGUCAACGACGAAAUCCACGCCGUUCUGGAAUUUCGUUCGUGACUUCAUCGCGGCGCCGUCGAAGGAGGCCAUCAAAUGCCAUCAUCCGAAGCCCAUCUUGCUCCCCGUUGGCGAGAUGAACUUUCCAUACCCUUGGGUUGCCAGCAUCGUUCCUACUCAAAUUCUGAAAGUCGGCCAGCUGUAUAUUAUUGCGGCUCCUGGAGAGUUCACCACCAUGUCUGGCAGACGACUUCGCGCUACUGUCGAAAGGGUCGUGAAGAUGAAGGACCCCGAUGCCAUGGUCGUCCUGGCCGGUCUCUCCAACACGUACACGCAUUACGUGGCCACGUACGAGGAGUACCAGGUACAGCGCUACGAGGGAGCGUCCACGCUAUACGGGCCGCAUACUUUGCUGGCCUACCAAAAGCAAUUCGAAGGUCUGGCUGUGAGCCUGACGACCAACACGAGCCGACCUAUUGGGCCUCCUCUGCCUAACCUGCUCUCUAAGCAGGUGUCUUUCAAGACAGGCGUCGUCUUCGACGGUGCCCCGCUGGGAAAAGUGUUUGGCCAGGUGCUGUCCGACGCCAAGGCUGCUUACAACAGGGGAGAACGAGUCUUUGUGACGUUUGUGUCUGGUCAUCCAAGAAACAACUUGAUGCUGGAGAGCACGUACCUGACCGUGGAAAAGCUGAACCCUGAUGGAGAGUCAUGGACAGUUAUAGCCACGGACGGCAACUGGGAAACAAGGUUCUACUGGCGCCGCACUUCGGCCAUCCUGGGGCACAGCGAGGCGACAGUUAUGUGGGAAAUCCCGCAAGAUGCGGCACCUGGUGUUUACAGGAUCCGGCACUUCGGUCACAGCAAGAACAUUUUGCAGGUGGUUACCCCUUACGAGGGCAGCAGUAGUCGUUUCAAAGUGAACCCCUAGCAUCCGGCCAGGAAGAAGCGGAAAAACAGUUGCGCAGGAAGUCGUCGCGGUGCCGCUCCUUGUACACAAAAUUGCUCAAUUGAAGCGCGACGCCGCCGACUGUCCCGGUCCCUGCGCAACUCUUUCUGCUCAGCGCCUUCGGAGCGCAUUCCUGCCCGCCUACUGAAUAUCAAAUGCUGCAAGCAUUACUUGUCAUCCUUCGACGUCGGUGGCCCACGGUCUUCGACAUCGAACCACAGACGGAAGCCGCCGGAGUUCACUGGUGUGAGCAGCGCUCAUUCGUCGUCGUGGGAUCAAGCACUCAUCGAGCCUACGGCUGCAAAAACUGAGGAGAAGCAACUUGACUCCGCCUCGCGCAAAGGAUCGCAAUAUGCUCGCAAUGCUGCUCAAAUGAACUCAUCUGACAGUGUCAUCCAUCACACGUACCAUCACUCGCCAAGUGACAAUAAUGGUGGGCAAUUAUCAUCGUCUUCCGAUCACUUUCCACAUCAUUCAUCGCAGAAGAAUAGUCAUCGCAAGGUUGCCUCGCCGUCUAUGAAUAAUGGGAAUAAUUAUGGUAAUGGUGGCACUGCGGGAGGCCGCGCACCAAGUGUCAGCGGCAAAAAGCAAAAGUACACUUUCACGUCCGGGGAAGCACCUGCUACAGUACCUUGGGGCGUGUCAAGCGGCUACCACACGCGUCCCUCUAUUCGGUUCAGUGCUCGGCACCAGCUUCCCUCACCUGCGGAGCGUCGCCAAGUCUUGUCCGCUCUGAUUAAGCACCCGCUUCACAUAUUCAGCUAUCGCGAUCGGAAGCUGCCGUUUCAUCUGCGAAACCGCCACCGUGUUGCCUCAAACAUCCAAGACACUCUUCGCGCCUUGUCCUCGACCCGUCACCAUUGGACAGAUCGGGACGACGUGAGGCUGGACUUCUCCGCUUCAGAGCGCAGACGCUCCAUCGUCCGACUUCCCGCCUCUCAAAGAGCAGUGGCCAUGGGACGAGAAGUGCUGGCACGGCGUCUAGCGCAUGGGCGUUUGCCAGCAACGCUUGACAAACUCCGAAUGUUUCAUAGGAUUCAGGGUAUAUCACUUUCUCUCGCAGACGGCCAGCGCCCAUGAACCACGGUAAAAAGUAAUGGACCGCGGUUUUUCGAAGCUACGGCCGGGAAGCUUCGAAAACGUCAAAGCGGCUGUAUUGCAUGUGAUUUUUUUUCUGAGCCACCUUGCAUCGCUAGUUAUCUGGUCACGGUACAAAGGCUGGAACGAGAUGAUCUAUAGUAUGCUGCCAAAUAUAUUAUUUUUAUUUUUGCCAUUUUCUUCCGCAAAUAGAGUUUAGCUCUUACCUAAGGUGUGAGGAUUACCAUGGCUCGUGUAAGGUCGCCUUGAAGCCCCAUCGUUAUUCUUGAUUUAGAGAGUAACUUCGAGCGGAAUGAGAGAGAGGGUAAGAAACGUGUUAGAGCUAGCGAGAGCUCUCUGUCCACGAGAGUGAUCUAAUGAGCGCUCUCCGUUCGCUUGUAUGUAUUUUUUUCCGUGCAGGUAGCUCAAGCUUACCUCACCUUACCGUAUACUGACAUUUUCAUGUAAGAAGCCGCUUGAUGCUUUGCUUUUCACCACAGCCUCAAUUUUAGGUUGAUCUCGCUUUUGGACAAAUGCAACUUUUCUGGCAUUAUUAUUUCACUUGUAUAGUAGCAGGUAGAAUAAUUCAAAGCGGGAUGUUUCCAUGCACGCUCACGCUUUUGGCUUUUUUUUUCUGUACAACUUAAAGCGAACUGAAGUUAAGUAUUCUGCAUGACACCCCUGACAACUAAAGUCCUUUGAAGUAAACCACUUUACGUUAAACCACUUUCCACUUUCCUUGUGAAAAUGAGUUCCGCCGCUGACGCGCGGUACAGCGCAGCAAAACGCAUGGCGCUACUUUUUAAACUGAAACUGACAAAACGUUAAAAAAAUUGUGUAUCUAGUCAGUGCAAAGUAAAUAGAAAAAUGGGUUAACUAAUUUUAGUCUUCUCACAGCAUUAUGACAGUUUUAAGGUUAGCCUCGCCUACGGCCCGGAACUGCCAAUGCAACCAUACGAAUCAUGCUCCCCCAUGUAUGCCGAAUGCGGACGAAGCCUAUAGCGUGACGAAGCUGCCAACGUCCAAUAUGACUCGACGGUGGCGAUAAUAAUUGUGGCAACAGCUAUGACUGUUUGAGAGCAUCACUGUAGUAAAAAUUCACUGCUAGACGAAUUGCUUCACUGAUAAGCAUAAAAUGUUUUUUUUUUUUCAAGCACUAAAACAAUAAAUAAGGCACCAUUUCUCACGACGUUACACCCUUAAGCCCAUAAAUGAGUUCGUAUAUCUCCCUUUCCGCAAGGGGCCUUUACAAAGAAGGACAUACUCAUUUGUAGUGUGUCACCCUGCGUUAACGCCUGUCCAGUAGAUGUUCCCUAGUUCAAAGGCCUUUGGCGGGCUCUUGUGUCAGGAGUAUGAGUUGUCAUUCGGUUCUGACUUCCUACUGACUUACUUUUGUUUAUAAUGUGACGGAGAAGUACUGGCUCCUAUUGUGAAAGGUGGUCGUGAAGUUUAUUCGCUAAAUCAUGGUAGAGUUUUACUUAAUCAUCUGAAUGUUGCUAAACUUUAACAAGAAUUAGCAGUUAAUAUCUAAUCUUUUACAUGACAAGCUCAGUACUUAACAAAGGCAGUUCUUGGCAUGGAAGACGAGUGAAUAAAUUGUGAGUUGUGCUUAUACCGUUCUCUUCCUGACGCCAUGCUAUGAUUCCUGCUUUAACGAUGGGUCGACUACCGUUUGCAUUCCUACUUGCCAUUAUAAUGUGCCAUUGGUUGCACUGCCAUCUAACGCCACGUAGCUUUUUUUUUUUUUCGUGACUUGAUGAACUGACGCCGAUAUUGAUACGUUUGCAAUAGGCAUUGAUCACGUGUUAGCGGAAAAUCUAACGGCUUUAAAUUUAACGUUAUUUUAAAACUCGCAGCUUACAGCAGGGUGACUCGGGAUUAUGAGAAAGAUAUGGCUAAGAUUCCACGCUUCUCCGGCGUAUGCAAUCAUUGCCGUUCGUUAUAUAAAACAUGCGUUGUAUGUGUAAUCAUAUGCAGACCUGUAUGGUCUCGAUAUGAGACUGGCAGUAUUGUAAAUAAAUAAAUAAAAAUUCCACUUGGUACGACCAUUGGUAAUCCUUAAAUUACUUCACGUGAGUCAAAGUAUAAACAGAUAUCUUCGAAAAUUAUAGAUAUGAUUAAUUCAUUUUUAUACUAUGAUACCUGAAAAGAUGUCACCGAAUAUUUUUUGCUUCAGUGUCACGUAUAUAGAAGCGGAGAAAAGUAAAAUUUACUUUUAGUCGAAAGUCCUUGUAGUGUGUGACAAAAGCGUUGUGUGCCAAAGGCACAUUGUUGUCCCCCGCACCCCGUGUUCUUAUUAUCCUUAAAGAUUACUUGCAACACGGGUUUUGUCAGCAAUUGUCGUUACGGCUAUUUUAAGGGUGAAAAAUAAACUUACGUACGCGCUAGCCCUAACUUAACCAGGUGCACCGGGGUCAUAACGGUGGUAUACCACCGAUAUGAACACGUAUACGUGGUGGUUAUUGCAAAACUGAUGUGGGGAAACCCACUGGGCUCGAAACCCACUAUGUCUGUGAUUGUGUUUGUGUGCAAUCUUCGUUGCCGAUCUGCUUCUAUCAGCCCAAGAAAACAUUAGUAAGGAUCGAAUAUCUUUGGGAAACAAAAAAAGUUAUUUCUAAUCGGUUUAUUUUUUGUUUAAACGCUCUGCGUCCUUACUAUUAAUUGUGCAUACGCGCUAACGUAUACAAUGCGCAAUAGGCGUUCGGAAAAGGACCUUGAAACAUUUAUCUCCUCUGGGGUAACGUGCAAAAUGAUGUUAACAUGCCGGCAGUGAGCAAUAGUACAUUGGGUCUAGUGCUUAUUCUGCGAACACGAAAGAAGCGGAGCGAACGAUGUCCGCCUGCCAUUUAAUUUGGCAUGGACACUAUGGGUAUACAAUGGCAAACAGACGCAUGCUACUGUGAUUCUCGUAAGAUUAAUCUCCAACGCUUGUUUGAAACAGGUGGACGCAAGCGGUACAAACGUAUGUAUGCAUACGCGCAGUUGGGCAUUUAUAUGAUAGUGUAUCAUGAUCUGGCAAAAAACAGCAACAAAAGACGUACCUUUAUUACUGAAAGCGCGAUGAUGAUGGCAGAAGCGAAGUUUCCUAUGUCGGGUCAUAAGUAUACAGGGUGUGUUAUGCGAGAGGUGUUUUAUAGCCCACUGCAACAGCACGAUAUAUCAUCGCUAACGACGACAUUGUAAAAAGUUAAAGUUGGUGUCUGUUGUUUUAGAAAUGCAAGCGAUUGCUGGAGGUCGUGCUGGCAUAAAAAAGAAGAAAAAAACGAAAUAACGCGCGCGCCGACGGGGCCUACUUAGGCAACAAUCGAAGCUCCUGCAAAGUGCUUCCUUGUGUUGUUUUUUUGUUCGCUUCGCCAGUGAUAGGCUUGCAAGGACUGCUUUCAUUAUGUUCGGUUGACAAGGGAUAAAGCUCACUUCAUAAAAUGUCGUAAUGCAGCUAGGUAACAAAGCUAAUAACACCUCUUUCAACAUCGCUGUGGUCCUUUCUUCUCGGACCUGUGAUGCAGACGGUUCCUUGGCUCCCGCCUCAGGUCAGUGAUGAAUGGACGGACCUUCCAGUUCAGUAAAAUUCUCUGCGGGAGCGUAUCGUGUUUCUUAUACAGAACCCUUUACUUUAUCUUUAUUUCUCUCAGUGCAUUACGAUUUAAUUUAUAACAAGAAACGAAUUACUGUCAAUGAGAUCUCGCGAAAUCUUAUCCGAAACUGUCGCAUAGAUGCAACUAAUUAGUCUUUUGUAAAAUACAGCCGAGAUUUGUUUUAUAUAUAUAUAUAUAUACUGUAAGUACCUUUGUUGUACUCGCUAGGCGAAUUUCGCCUUUGCAACGCUCCAUUCUUGUAAUGUCGACGUUCAAGGCAGUGCUGCAUUUAGGAUUCUAAGUAUUCAUCCAGCAGUUUCUCUAAUGGAUAACCCAAUAACUAGGAUGAGUCAGCUAAAGCUUUAUUGCCAAACUUACGUCAAAUGUUGGGAUUGAAGAGUUUGGGCAAUCAUUAUCCAAGACCAGCGCUAUUGCAACAUAAAAGAAGGAGCCCGUGUUCCUAGGCCUUGAAUGCCAAAACCCAUUCGAGUUCCCCUGACAAUGCAAUUUAGAGGACAUAGUUCACUAUGCGACUUUCGCCCUACCACCCCCCCCCCCUCCCCUAUUUAACGUGACCGCUGCUGCGUUUGUGUCAUCGUACUCCUAAUGGUACCCUGAGUUCACAUUGCACAUGUGCAUGGAAAGGCCGCAGCGACCUCUGUUUACAUGAUGCUGAGCAAGUGCUUAUGUAACAACGGUGACAGAUAUGCGUGAAGUUUAACAUCUGGCUGAUCUUCACUAUAUGUGCACCGUACUUAAACCUUGCGGGCAGCCCGCCGGUACAUUGUAAUCAGUUCAGGUGCUCGGGAUGGUACGGCGUCGCGCGCCAGUAUUCACACGUCGGCAUUUCCUUGUCGCAUCGAUGCUGAAACAUUUCUGCACCAUAUGUUUUAGUGAUAUUGGUCGAUAGGCGAUAUUGAAGUGUGUUCUCUGUAUGACAAUUUUGUGAAAUGGGCUCGUUUCCUAACUACGGCCUUGAACACUGUAAUAGACGCAUAUGAUGCAAAGCAAGCGAGAGAAAGUUGACGCAUUCAAGCUAAUUAUCACACUUGCACUGUACUUAAUGUUUAUUACUAAUGUCCGCCUAACCAAUAACAGUUCCACUGCGGUGACGAUGAAAUUUUCGCAGCCGCUAAGUAUUCAAGAAUGUAUCUGCAUUUGCUAAAUGUUCACCUUUACGAAAGCUUCAAAAUGAGUGAGAGCGCGGCUAGAAAGCUUUGUUUCCUGAGACAGUUGGGUCUCGAGAAUAAACUGAGCAUCGACCGAUGCGUUGACAAAAGAAGCUUCAAGGAUAAGUGUAUAAUUAGGUUCAAGUAUUGUCUGUGUACACAUACUCUGAACAAUAGUUACUUGUAAAUAUAUGUGCAUCGAAGCUUCCUUCUUGAAAGUCUAAAGUAAUCAUUGCAAGAACAAAGUAUAGGACUAGUUUCAGUUGUUUCUGUGUUGCCGUAUGUAUAACCAAAGCAUAUGUGCUAACUGCUUUCGCAGUAAACACUGUGAGCUAAGUCUAGCUCUUCUGGGUAUGCUGGCGCUACUGUGCUGAUGGUUCAGUAGUGUGCUUGUAUAUUUUUGAUGAAUUGUGCAUAUAUUUCUGACCGUGCAAGGGUGCCGGCUUUUACAUUCGAGCAGUUUAUAUUUUCUUGGCUUUGUAAUCUGUGCUGUGCGCAGGAAAAGGAAAAAGCCACUGUUAUUUUUGUUUUCAAAUAAAAGAACAAAAAAAGGAAACAUGCCUGCUACAAUCUGGUCAUCAGUGGGCGUGUUUUUCCUUGAUGUGUGUCGUUUUUUUUUUUCUUUGAGCGGCCGUAUUCAGUAUCCGGAUCUUCCUGGUGCGUGAGCUCGCUUCCUGGUCCGGUUAAUGCCACGAAGAGUUUUUCUGCACGGUACAGCAAACACUUUCAGGUGACAUGUGUCGCCUCUGAGUACUUACAACGUCCUAGUUGAGCUUCGAGCGUAGCACCCAUCCUUUGUCACCGGCCGUGAAGAAACGGCAGAACAUUCAGCGCUACACUUGUUGUGCCUGUGUAUCUCUUAUGAGGAGUUUUACUUUCGUGCAAGAAAGCGUUGAUUUCGCAUAUCUGAACGUGUGUACGUGUAUAAGUAUCUGCUAUGCAAGUUAACAUUGCGGGGCGUAUACUGUUGCUCAUUACUCGGAAAGCAACACUUGUACCUGCUUAUUAUAUUGUGUCGAUGCACUGUGAAUCAAUUGCUAUGUUUCUGUCGCGAAUUACCGCUCUGUUAUGGCUGUUCAUGAGGUGUGACCCACGCAUGUUAGCGUAAACAUGUGGACCCUGUGAUCCCUAAUGAGUGAACUGAAGUGUAUAUGUUCAAUUGUUAGAGGCGGAUAUUGCGUGUGUGUUUAACCGACCGCUUAUUUCUAUCGAAUUUUUUAAAGGGAGCCUGGUAUCAAUAAAGCAUAUAUUUUGUUUUUGUUAUAACUG